UUUCCACAACGAGGUUGUAGUUGAAGGGCAAAAUGGCUGCUUGUUUGAGAAGAGUUGCUGGGCAGGUUGCCGCUGGAAUCCUGAAAAACAGGGGAACUGCCAUUACCAGUAGAGCCGCAACUGCUACUCCAAUUGUGUACAAGAGAUUGAUAUCUGAGGGUUCCCAGUCGACUGUCCGUCCACGUAAUGAAGAAACCCAGAAGCGACUCCAAGAAUUCGGGAAUUACAUUGGCGAGUGUCUCCCAAAGUACGUCCAGCGCUCAGCAGUGCUAAAUAAUGAUGAGCUGGAAAUCAUGGUUCAUCCCGAUGGCGUAAUCCCAACCCUGACCUUUCUGAAAGACCAUCAUAAUGGGCAGUUCCUUAGUUUAGCUGAUCUAGCUGGCGUAGAUGUACCAACUAGGGAAUAUAGGUUUGAGAUUGUCUACAAUCUCCUGUCUCUAAGAUACAACAGUCGAAUUCGAGUGAAAACCUACACCGAUGAGCUUACUCCUAUAGAAUCUGUUUGUUCUAUAUUUGCCGCCGCUGACUGGUAUGAAAGGGAAAUCUGGGACAUGUUCGGCGUGUUCUUUACCAAUCAUCCUGAUCUCAGACGAAUCCUGACCGACUAUGGAUUCGAGGGUCAUCCUUUCCGGAAAGAUUUCCCACUAUCUGGAUUUGUGGAGGUGCGUUAUGAUGAUGAGGUCAAACGGGUUGUAGUAGAACCAAUAGAAAUGGCCCAGGAAUUUAGGAAAUUUGAAUAUUCUAGUCCCUGGGAGCAGUUCCCCGCUCAUCGGACCAAGGAGGAUGCGCAGCCAUUGGUCACACUGCCACCUGGUGUUGGAGAGGCCCCACCCAAGCCCGAGGAGACGAAAUAGUCAAAUGUUUUAUGAAGAGAAACUUUGCUAUGAAGCGUAGCACUCUGUGUUCCAAUAGGGCUAGGCUAGGAGAUGCUGUAAAUAUGCAAUAUUCCUCCAUAGGAGUGCAGUACUUGACAGGUUGAGCAACUUUGCUCAUGUGAUGUCACGCAAAAUCAGCCACGUCUGGUUUAAAAACAAAAUCUUAUUGUUUCAUGAGUCAUGACAAAAAAAGAUUUUAUGACCAUUCCAUUACAUCAGUAUCCCUAUCCUGAAAGGUGGGUGCGAGGCAACAUGUCUUUCGACUGCAGGAAGUCCUGCAUAUUAGAGGAAUACAGUCUAUCUUUUCAGCAGCCAGUUGGUUUGGCCGGCCUCGGUUACCCUUUCCCCGUUGCCUGUCCAUUGGAGUUGUGUCCUCGCCAGAUUGGUUACAGUGAAUGUGAGCAUUGUAAAUAGAACAUUAAGAUUAGGUAGAAACCUAAGAAAUGUUGUAGAAGAAUUUUUUGUGUAUAGUGAAUAAAAAUAUCGAUAUGAUUAAUGUUGCCAAA